AUGGCCCAAAAUGUUGACCCGGAAAGAGAACACCCCGAUCAGAUCUCUUCGACACGUGGAUGUCUAGGUUUUCUUUCUUGUCAAAUUCCCCUCUUUUUCGUUUUCUCUCUUACCUUAUUUUCACUGUUAUUCCGAACCGGCUUUCGAUUUCCAGGACAAGGUCAAACACAAGCCACCAUGGUUAAAGCCUACUCCCAAGAACACACAUACAAGCACCCAUGGGAGCGAGUGACAUCAGCAUCAUGGCGCAAAUUUGCUGACCCAGAAAACAAACGCAUCUUAUCUCACAUCCUAGAAGUCGAUACAUUAAACCACAACCUUGAUUCCAAAUCAGGGAAGCUGUACACAACACGAGCCAUCACCAUUCAUGCUCCUGGCCCAUGGUUCCUUCGCAAGAUUGUUGGGCAAGAUAUCUGCCAUUGUGUUGAAUCAACUGUUGUUGAUGCUAAAACUCGAUCAAUGCAGCUUGCUACCAAGAACAUUAGUUUGCAGAAAUAUGUGGAAGUGGAGGAGAAGAUUAGGUAUGAUCCACACCCUGAGAAUCCAAAUGAGUGGACAAUUUGCAGGCAGGAAACAAGCAUUAGGAUAAAACCGUUGUCCACUCUGGCAUCAAUGGCGGAGAAGAUAGAACAGAAAUGUGUUGAGAAGUUUCAGCAGAAUAGUGCUAAGGGUAGGGAGGUGAUGGAGAGGAUGUGUAAGUAUCUGGAAGCUGAAUCAUCUUCCAGGGGUAUCUCUGUCUGAUUGUUACUGUAGGGUG